UGCUCGAUUUUUUUCAGUUUGUAGGAACUUUUUUGGUUGAAAUUCGAUCACCUGUAGCUAGCUUUCAGCGUUUUCUUUCGGAUCUCCUAAGUACUUGCAUUGUUCCAGCUGACAGUAAUUAAACCGACCAGACAUGGACCCAGCAGACUCAAUUGGCUAACUGGGAUAGCUGCAAAUUCUCUCCUGGCUUCUGCAACCAAAUGUAAGUUUGCAUGUGGUUUUGAUCGAUUCCACAUCGGUCUCCGGUCAACAACAGGGGCUCAGAAGACCUCUCAAGUAUGACUGUUAUUUGUUCCUGGGGAUACUUAGUGUUGCAUUGUGGGCCUGGAAAGCACAAGUGUGUGUGUGCGCAUCUGUUGUGUAUCUGAAAUAGUCCCUCAUCUUGUCCUUACAAAGGAAUGAGGAGGCGCUGUAGGGUCAGAGUAGAGUGCGGGGGGUGGGGGGGGAGUAAGGGUGAAGUUCGGUGAGGAGAAAAUAGACCCUUCCAUCUGUCUCAAAAUCCGCCCUGCUCCUGACCCACACUCUGGAGACUUUGGUCCCUCUGAUGUCACAUGUUGAAGGCAAACCUUUAAAACCCCCCGCUCUGCACGCCCGAGACUCCACUCAUCUCCUGUGUGCACAACACCAGCUGGUCUUGGUGUUCAUCCUGCUUUCUCUUCCCUGGAAAACCUCCCACGUACCAUCAUGUCAGACAGCGAGGAGAUUGUGGAGGACUAUGAGCAAGAGGAGGAGGAGGAGGUGAAUGACGAGGUUGAAGAGGAGCAGCAGCAGCAGGAGGAUGAUGAAGCUGCAGAGAAGGAAGAGAAGCCUGCAGAGGAAAAUGAGCAAGAGGAGGACUCCAAAUGGCGUCCCAAGACAACCUAUGUUCCAAAUAUCGCUCCUCCAAAACUCCCUGAUGGUGAGAAGGUGGAUUUUGACGACCUUCAUCGCAAGAGAUUAGAAAAAGACUUCAACGACCUGCAGACCCUCAUCGAGUCCCAUUUCUCCACCCGCCAGAAGGAGGAAGAAGAGCUAAUCCACCUUCGUAGCCGUAUCGAGCAUCGUCGUUCAGACAGAGCGGAGCAACAGCGCGUGCGCUCCGAGCAGGACCGCGAGCGGCAAGCACGCCUGGCCGAGGAGAGGGCGAGGCGCGAGGAGGAGGCAGCCAAACUGCGCGCCGACGAGGAGGCCAAGAAGAAGAAGAUCUUUACCAACAAGUCCUUUGGCGGCUACCUGCAGAAGGUGGACCAGAAAAAGGGCAAGAAGCUGACAGCACGGGAGGAGAAGAAGAAGGCCCUGAUGGAGCGCCGGAAGCCGCUCAACAUCGACCACCUGAACCAGGAGAAGCUGGCGGAGAAGGCGCAGGACCUGUGGCAGUGGCUCCACCAGCUCCACGCAGAGAAGUUCGAGCUUGCUGAGAAGCUGAAGAAGCAGAAAUAUGAAAUAUCGGUGCUGAGGAACCGAGUGAGCGAUCACCAGAGGGGCUCCAAAGCAUCCAAGACCUCCCGCAGUGCCAAAGGCAAGUCUGGAUCCUGGAAGUAGACUACAACUGGACUGUCUGGACUAUUUGUCGCCUAUUUGCGUCCUGUAUCAUAAAAUCUCUCUGAGGGAUUGUGUGGAUUUGAUGGGGGAACUCGUACUGAAGUACAUGAAGUUAACCAAGCCUUGAAUGAUGAACAAAUAUCUGAUUGUUCUAACUUUAUGAUGCUUCAUUAAAUCUGAUUGAAUGUGGUGGUGUUGAUUUCACUACUCGUAGUAUGCAGGGCUUACUGGUCUGAUCUUCAGAAGUUUCCUAUUUUGACCUAUGCAGUUGUUAAAGAUUAUUUUUAUCCACAUAAAAAGUUUCCAUAAGAUAUUCUAUAAUCCAUUUCAUAAACAAAGUACAUGCAACAUAACCCAAGACACCUAUGUCACUGUUAUUUGACAAAGUUGGCCCUUAAGGUAGAAUUGUUAGCUUGAAUGACAGUUAGUGUUUUUGUAGCUCUAGCUGUGUGGGUGAGGGUGUGAAAAGAUGGAACAGUUGUUGCACAGCUGACUUUUUUAGGAUCUAAUUUAGUCUCUGAAGCUCAGGACUAGCGGUGCAGGUUUUUUAGAAAAACCCAACUGCUGACUGACGGGUCAAACCCCUGACCCCCAGACUCUGCAGAGCGGAAGGAACUUCUGAGGAGUGUUGUCGUAAAAGACCCUUGUCCCUUUGCAAUAAAAGACCCCACAGAUUUUACAGCUUUUAAGUGAAACGGCUUUCAGGUAAUUCUUUGACCUCUAACUUGGCGUCAGCUGGAUAAUUAAUAUGGACCAAAGUGACCUAUAAACUAAAGGAGGAAGUGUAACAGGCUUUUUAUCCACUCUUCUGCACAAUGUUUAAUGAUUCUCUGGCAGGUAAAGGUAUUAAAAAUACUCAUAUUUGGUUUUAUUCAGUCCCUUUUUAAGUAUUCUGCAACACCUGAAAUUACAAAUGUACAAAUAUUGUGUUAAUCAGAUCAUCAUCAAUCAGUUUUAUAAAAUGUAAAUACAGUAUAUUGGCAGAAAUCUCUUUACAUUUCUAUCAAAUAUUUCAUCUUUUUAAAACUUUCUGGACCUUUUUCCUUUUUCAGAAUCACAACUUUCAUAACAUUUUUUUUUCAACAAAUGAUCAACAUCUUUGAACAUUAAAAAGCAUGUAGCAAAUUAAUAC